AGUCUUCUAAAAUGAUGCUGUGUGCUGCAAGAGACAGGAAAGCGGCUGCCUUGGAGGCAGGAAGCCGACUAGGGAGAUGCUUAAUUAUCGAGGAAGUAAGUGCUUGUUACUAUUGAGUGGAGAGUGCAGCAAGCGCGGGUCGUCCUCGGGUGUCAGAGCCGUGAUUUGUAGACAAUGCCGCCCUGUCAGCUCAGUGCUGGUUCAGCAGCAUCUUUCCAAACAUGUAUUUGGCAAGAAUUUAAAGGCCACCUCUUGUGUAAUUCGUGGAGUCUUGGAAAAGGAUCCUCUGCCUUUCUUUUCAGGAUGUACGCAACCAUGCAGAAUGUUGUACUCAGAAUCUCUGCCUCCUGCCUCCUGCCUGACGUGCUCAUGAGCAAGUUCAUUUUCGUACCCGUCACCUGGAAGGAUGCUAACUGUUCUCUGUAGUCUGUUGGAGGAUAUGGAGAGGGCCACCCAGAGCAGCAUUUUGUUUCUGCGGUCUUCAUAAAUUAGCGUUGACGGGGUGGAGGAGGUCGCACUGCGUAAGGAAAUGCAGGCAUUUUGUUCAUUAGUGAAAUACUUCUAGCUUUAAGAGUAGAUGAAACUAAGGAGAGCUGGGAAGAGGUGGUGAAUGCUGGAUUUGUGCUGAAAAACUCCUCCUCUGGAGAAAGCAUGGGAUUAUGGCCAUCACAGAAUCUCAGUAACACAAGUUCCAUUCAGCUUUUUCUGAAAGAAAGCCGUCCGCUAAAGUGAAGCAAAGGAGCUGUGGUGAAUUAUAAUGCUUUGAAGUUCUGGAUUUUCAGUGGCUUGAAGUCGGACGUCAUUUUACCUUUUAGAUGAAAAAGAUUAAGAUCUCAUGCGACUGUUUUAUUUUCUGGAAGCCAUUCUCCAAAAGGGAAGUGCACAUUUAAAACACAGAUAUGAUGGUCCUUUCUGCAGGGAUUUAAGUCUGCUCGCUUUCACAUCAUGACCAGCUUGAAACGGUCGCAGACAGAAAGGCCUGUUGCCACUGACAGGGCCUCCGUUGUCGGCACAGAUGGUGCCCCCAAAGUCCACACUGAUGACUUCUACAUGCGACGCUUCCGGUCCCAGAAUGGCAGCUUAGGAUCAUCAGUCAUGGCUCCGGUGGGACCCCCACGAAGUGAAGGUUCUCACCAUAUCACCUCGACCCCCGGAGUCCCCAAAAUGGGGGUUAGGGCAAGGAUUGCAGAUUGGCCCCCACGAAAGGAAAACAUAAAAGAAUCUAGCCGUUCAAGCCAGGAAAUAGAAACCUCAAGUUGCCUUGAGAGCCUGUCCUCCAAAAGCAGUCCUGUGAGUCAGGGAAGUUCUGUUAGCCUCAAUUCUAGUGACUCAGCCAUGCUGAAGAGCAUACAGAACACGCUGAAAAGCAAGACCAGACCGGCGGAGAACAUGGACUCCAGAUUUCUCAUGCCUGAAGCCUAUCCCAGCUCCCCCAGAAAAGCUCUUCGCAGAAUACGGCAGCGGAGCAACAGUGACAUCACCAUAAGUGAACUUGACGUGGAUAGCUUUGAUGAAUGUAUCUCACCCACGUACAAGACUGGACCGUCACUGCACAGGGAAUAUGGUAGCACAUCUUCCAUUGAUAAACAGGGAACGUCCGGAGAGAGCUUUUUCGAUUUGUUAAAGGGCUACAAAGAUGACAAAUCCGAUCGAGGUCCUACUCCGACCAAGCUCAGUGACUUCCUCAUCGCCGGUGGGGCCAAGGGUUCCGGUUUCUCCUUGGAUGUUAUAGACGGGCCUAUCUCACAGAGAGAGAACCUCAGGCUUUUUAAGGAAAGGGAAAAACCACUCAAGCGACGCUCCAAGUCAGAAACUGGCGACUCCUCCAUUUUUCGUAAAUUGCGCAAUGCCAAAGGUGAAGAACUUGGGAAGUCGUCGGAUCUCGAAGACAACCGAUCAGAAGACUCCGUCAGGCCCUGGACGUGUCCAAAGUGCUUUGCCCAUUAUGAUGUCCAGAGUAUAUUAUUUGAUUUGAAUGAGGCGAUUAUGAACAGGCACAAUGUUAUUAAGAGGAGAAACACCACCACGGGAGCGUCGGCAGCCGCUGUGGCGUCCUUGGUCUCUGGACCUUUGUCUCAUUCAGCCAGUUUUAGCUCCCCAAUGGGCAGCACCGAGGACCUGAAUUCCAAAGGAAGCCUCAGCAUGGACCAGGGAGACGAUAAAAGCAAUGAGCUUGUCAUGAGCUGUCCCUAUUUUCGGAAUGAGAUAGGUGGAGAAGGCGAAAGGAAAAUCAGCCUUUCAAAAUCAAAUUCUGGCUCCUUUAGUGGAUGUGAAAGUGCCUCCUUCGAGUCUACCCUUAGCUCCCACUGCACAAAUGCGGGAGUGGCAGUACUUGAAGUGCCCAAGGAAAAUCUGGUGUUGCAUCUAGAUAGAGUGAAAAGAUACAUUGUGGAACACGUGGAUCUUGGCGCCUACUAUUACAGGAAAUUUUUCUACCAGAAGGAACACUGGAACUAUUUUGGGGCUGAUGAGAAUCUUGGUCCGGUGGCUGUGAGCAUUCGAAGGGAAAAACCAGAAGAAAUGAAAGAAAAUGGAUCUCCAUAUAACUACCGAAUAAUUUUUAGAACUAGUGAGCUCAUGACACUGAGAGGUUCGGUCUUGGAGGAUGCCAUUCCCUCGACGGCCAAGCACUCGACAGCCAGAGGGCUGCCUCUGAAAGAAGUGCUGGAGCACGUGAUUCCCGAGCUCAAUGUCCAGUGCCUGCGGUUGGCCUUCAACACUCCCAAGGUCACGGAACAGCUCAUGAAACUGGAUGAACAAGGGCUGAACUAUCAGCAAAAAGUAGGCAUCAUGUACUGCAAAGCCGGACAGAGCACUGAAGAAGAGAUGUACAACAAUGAAUCAGCCGGCCCGGCCUUUGAGGAAUUCCUUCAGCUACUGGGAGAACGAGUCCGGCUAAAGGGAUUUGAGAAAUACCGUGCACAGCUUGACACCAAAACCGACUCCACUGGAACCCAUUCUCUGUACACAACAUACAAAGACUAUGAAAUUAUGUUCCAUGUUUCUACCAUGCUGCCAUACACACCUAACAACAAGCAACAGCUCCUACGGAAGCGGCACAUUGGAAAUGAUAUUGUAACAAUCGUUUUCCAAGAGCCUGGAGCACAGCCGUUCAGCCCAAAAAACAUCCGAUCCCACUUUCAGCACGUUUUCGUCAUUGUCAGGGCGCAUAACCCCUGCUCUGACGGUGUCUGUUACAGUGUGGCCGUCACCAGGUCCAGAGAUGUGCCUUCUUUUGGGCCUCCCAUCCCUAAAGGGGUCACUUUCCCUAAGUCAAAUGUGUUCAGGGACUUCCUUUUGGCCAAAGUGAUUAAUGCAGAAAAUGCUGCUCAUAAGUCGGAAAAGUUCCGGGCCAUGGCGACUCGGACCCGCCAGGAGUACCUGAAAGAUCUGGCAGAAAAGAAUGUCACCAAUACGCCUAUCGACCCUUCCGGCAAGUUUCCAUUCAUCUCUCUGGCCUCCAAGAAGAAGGAAAAGUCUAAGCCAUACCCAGGAGCUGAGCUCAGUAGCAUGGGAGCCAUCGUGUGGGCGGUCCGGGCCAAAGACUACAACAAGGCCAUGGAAAUAGACUGUCUUUUGGGGAUCUCCAAUGAGUUCAUUGUCCUCAUUGAACAGGAAACAAAGAGUGUGGUUUUCAAUUGUUCCUGCAGAGAUGUGAUAGGGUGGACUUCAACCGACACCAGCCUCAAAAUCUUCUACGAACGAGGAGAAUGUAUUUCAGUGGAGAGUUUCAUUAACGAGGAUAUCAAAGAGAUCGUCAAAAGGUUGCAGUUUGUUUCAAAAGGUUGUGAAUCAGUGGAGAUGACUCUGCGAAGAAAUGGGUUAGGGCAGCUUGGCUUCCAUGUCAACUACGAGGGCAUCGUGGCCGACGUGGAGCCCUACGGCUACGCCUGGCAGGCAGGGCUGAGGCAGGGCAGCCGCCUGGUGGAGAUCUGCAAGGUGGCGGUGGCCACUCUGAGCCACGAGCAGAUGAUCGAUCUCCUGAGAACCUCCGUCACGGUGAAGGUCGUCAUCAUUCCACCCCAUGAUGACUGCACCCCGCGAAGGAGUUGUUCGGAAACCUACCGCAUGCCAGUGAUGGAGUACAAAAUGAAUGAAGGCGUUUCAUACGAAUUCAAGUUUCCCUUCCGAAAUAAUAACAAAUGGCAGAGGAAUGCCAACAAGGGACCUCAUUCACCUCAAGUCCCAUCCCAGGUGCAGAGUCCCAUGACCUCGCGGCUGAAUGCUGGGAAAGGGGACGGGAAGAUGCCUCCUCCAGAAAGAGCCGCCAACAUUCCUCGAAGCAUCUCCAGUGACGGGCGCCCCCUAGAGAGGCGGCUGUCUCCUGGUUCGGACAUCUACGUGACAGUUUCAUCCAUGGCUUUAGCGAGAUCCCAGUGUCGUAACUCCCCCAGCAAUCUUUCUUCAUCCAGUGAUACUGGCUCUGGGGGGGGCACCUACAGGCAGAAGUCCAUGCCCGAAGGGUUUGGAGUGAGCCGCAGAUCCCCAGCCUCCAUUGACAGGCAGAGCACCCAGGCAGACAUCGGAGGCAGUGGAAAAUCCACACCCAGCUGGCAAAGAAGCGAGGAUAGCAUUGCCGACCAGAUGGAGCCAACAUGCCAUCUCCCAGCAGUAUCAAAGGUACUGCCAGCUUUCCGAGAGAGCCCCAGUGGGAGAUUAAUACGGCAGGAUCCAGUGGUUCAUUUGUCUCCAAACAAACAAGGGCAUUCCGAUAGCCACUACUCGAGCCACUCCAGUAGCAAUACCCUCUCCAGCAACGCUUCGAGUGCCCACAGUGACGAGAAGUGGUACGACGGGGACCGCACAGAAUCCGAACUCAACAGCUAUAACUAUCUGCAAGGCACCUCUGCUGACAGCGGCAUCGACACCACCUCCUACGGCCCCAGCCACGGCAGCACAGCCUCCUUGGGCGCUGCCACGUCGUCACCACGCUCGGGGCCAGGCAAGGAGAAAGUGGCACCUCUGUGGCAUAGCUCCAGUGAAGUGAUCUCCUUGGCAGAUCGGACUUUAGAAACAGAGAGUCAUGGUAUGGACCGGAAAACAGAGUCCUCCCUGAGCCUGGAUCUCCACAGCAAGAGCCAGGUGGGCUCGAACCCUCUGACAAGGGAGAACAGCACUUUCAGUAUCAACGAUGCUGCUUCCCACACAAGUACCAUGAGCUCCCGACACUCUGCCAGCCCCGUGGUUUUCACCAGUGCCCGAAGUUCCCCUAAAGAAGAGCUUCACCCUGCCACCUCGUCACAGCUCGCACCGUCCUUCUCCUCCUCCUCCUCUUCCUCUUCUGGUCCUAGGACUUUCUACCCUCGCCAGGGCGCUACUAGCAAGUACCUAAUUGGAUGGAAAAAGCCAGAAGGAACCAUAAACUCCGUGGGAUUUAUGGACACAAGAAAGCGUCAUCAGAGCGACGGCAAUGAAAUAGCCCACACCAGGCUGCGGGCCUCCACCAGGGACCUCCGGGCCUCCCCUAAGCCGACCUCCAAGUCCACCAUUGAGGAGGAUCUAAAGAAACUGAUCGACCUUGAAAGCCCAACUCCUGAAUCACAGAAGAAUUUUAAGUUCCAUGCGCUGUCCUCUCCCCAGACUCCUUUCCCCACCACCCCCACCUCACGGCGGGCCUUGCACAGAACACUGUCGGACGAGAGCAUCUACAGCGGCCAGAGGGAGCACUUUUUCACCUCGAGGGCUUCGCUUCUGGACCAAGCCCUGCCCAACGAUGUCCUCUUCAGUAGCACGUACCCUUCUCUCCCCAAGUCUCUGCCAUUGCGGAGGCCUUCUUACACCCUGGGAAUGAAGUCGUUGCAUGGCGAGUUCUCGGCCUCGGACAGUUCCCUCACCGACGUCCAGGAGACCCGAAGGCAGCCCAUGCCUGACCCCGGCCUGAUGCCCCUGCCUGACACUGCUGCGGAUCUGGAUUGGUCCAACCUGGUAGACGCUGCCAAAGCCUAUGAGGUCCAGAGAGCCUCAUUUUUUGCUGCUAGUGAUGAAAACCAUCGCCCCUUGAGUGCUGCAUCCAGCGGUGAUCAGCUUGAGGACCAGGCUCUGGCCCAGAUGAAGUCUUACAGCAGUAAAGAUUCCUCUCCCACUCUGGCUUCCAAAGUGGACCAGCUGGAAGGUAUGCUGAAGAUGCUUCGGGAAGAUUUAAAGAAGGAAAAAGAAGACAAAGCCCACCUCCAGGCAGAAGUUCAGCACUUGCGAGAGGACAACCUGAGGCUACAGGAGGAGUCCCAGAAUGCCUCGGACAAGCUGAAGAAGUUCACGGAAUGGGUCUUCAACACCAUAGACAUGAGCUAGGGAAGGCUGAGGUGGGCAGGAGGAGGGCCCGGGGAUGCUUUCUCCCGUGAGCGCAUUGGAACUCCUUAUUCAGGCCAUGGAGAGCAUUCUCAGAGCUCCCUGCUCUGCCCCCUUUUGGGGAGCGCACAACACGACAAUUGCAGAUCAACAAUCAUUAUCUGCCUUUUGUAGAAAAGAAAAACAAAAAAAGUAAAUAAAAAUUUUAAAAAGUAAAAUAAAAGUUUAACUGCUAAAAUGUGAAUGUCUUUAUUUUUUUGCACAAUAUCUUUAUCUGUUGUGUAUUUAAGAAGAAACUGGGCCUAGGACCAGGGUGCCCCCUGGCCCAUCUGCCUCUAUUUCCAUCAGCUUUCUUAAUCUAUUUCAGGUAACCCAAGCUUUCCCUUGUUAUCCUGAUGAAUGUCAUUGUUCCUAGGAAAAUAAAGUUUUUUUAAAAAAACUUGUUUGGGGAGUGGAGAGGGCUAUUUCCUUACCUUCUUUCCUAAAAUGCCUGGAGAGGGAGUUGCUUUGAGAAAAUGCCUACCUCCCGUGAAUGACUUGUGCAUGAGCUAGUGCUGUCUGUACCUGUCUUCCAAGAUCGGCCGGAUUGGGGUUAUUUACCAGCAAGUCAGUGAACCAGGGAGAGAUGGUGCCUGCAGGCCACACCCCUUUUUCAAUCCUGCAUUGUGAGGUCACUUCCUGCCUUUCCCCAGAGAGAUGAUCCCAGGUGUGCUGCUCAGAGCCAGGGCUCUCUUUUGCUUGGCUUAAGUGAGCCCCACUAGAUUGUAAUCAAGCCCUCUGCAGCUUCCUGGCUCCAAACAUUAAUUGGUUUCAAAAUUCCCCCAAACUAAAACCUUAUUAUUUCAUAUGCAUUUUUAAUGCAUUUUGAUCAAAAGUAUAUAUAGUUAAGAUUUUUUUAAAGAUAAAACUGGCAAAAUUGUUUUUUCUUUAGCUUGCUCAAAAUGACUAUAUUAAUCAAUUAAUAAAUCCUUCUCUCCAGAGCAAGAUUUCACCAGUAUUUGUAACUAGGACAAGCUAACAGUAAACGUUUAAUUGUGAAUUUUAAUCCUUGCUUGUUAGGAGCAACGACUGUGAGAAUAGAAUGGGCUUUUGAAAUCUGCAUGUCCAAGUGUGAAAUUUGAGCACGGUGUUUUCUGCAUCUUUUUGUGGCCAUCCAAAGGAUUCUGCUGCAGAAAUUAUUGAUGUGCUAUAUUUUUCCUGUCUUAAGAGAUGCAGGCUGCUUUGGGCCCCGUGGUUCCAAGGCCCUUGCUACUGUAGAGCUCAGAGACACGGGGCUGACCAGUGUUGACUGACCUAAGGAGAUUCCCCCUUGUUUCUUGCCUUCAUAAUUGUCAAAUACCUGACCCCUCUGCCCCUUCAGUGGCAGCUCUGAUCCAAGGGAACAUUCAGCAAUCUAGCGGCAUCUGCUCAGAAGUUCCCUGCCCCGAGUAAUCUUCCUUUCCUCUCUCCAUCCCUGAAAGAAACAGGAUGGAUUUUCCUCUCUUCUCCCCACCAUACCCACUACCAGAUUUUUAUGCUAGUUUCAUUCAUGAUCGUGAUUUCUCCAUGGGAUUUUUUUUUUCUAGUGACAUUUCUAUCAUGAAAAUAAGAAGAUUUCGGAGUGCUUUGUAAAGAUUUCAAUUGUCUGUCUUUCUUUGACUUGUAUGAAGGAGAUUGUACAUUGCCUGAUCUCUCUUUGUAAAUGAGAAAUAUUGCUAACAUCUAAGCAUUCUGAAGUCUUGCUUAUCCUUCUGAGUUUAGUUUUCAUUUUGUUUUACAUUUUGUUUGGGGACUUGGGGCAAGCUAUUUAUUAGAGUUUUGCAACAGAGUUCUUGUUUGAAGCCUCUAAAGACUACUUGUAAAAUUCAAACAAUAAAAUUCAUUUUAAACGCUCUUUUAAAAUGCUUUGGUAUUAUUGCUUGAUGUUUUCUUAUUUGAAAGACUAACCCAAUAACUCAUUGACCCUCCCUUGCAUCCUAAUUUUUUCAUAAAGCUCCACUAACAUUAAAGAUGUUUCUUGAAAGUUUGUCCUUUUUAGAAUUUUAGUAUUUACUCCUUGUCCA